UCCCGGCGGAACAAACUGCAUCGACUUUCUCCGUGUAUUUGUGCGUGAAGAAGUGGAGAAGCGGUUCUCAGCGAGGGGCUUUUCUCUGCACUUUGAAGAAGGCGCAAAGAUGAAGCUGGACAGAGGUUGGAUGUGGCGCCUGCUGCUCCUGUCCUCCCUGGCUGUGGCGGCAGUGGCGGCCCACAAAGAGCAUUUCGAUGCUGACAUUUUGGAUGCCGAUGAGGAUAUGGGCUUGGAUGAAGAGGAGCUGAAGGUUCUGAUGGCUGAGGAUGAGGAGGAGGAAGAGGAGGAGGAAGCAACGGUGAUGGAUGAUGAAGAGCAGACUGAGGAGAUGCAGAACGAGGGAGCCGAGAGUGGGAAGACCGGAAGUGAUGCCAACGUGUCCUUCCAGGUAACAUAUAAGACUCCUGUUCCCACUGGAGAUGUCUACUUUGCAGAGACAUUUGAUGAUGGAUCACUGGACAGAUGGCAGCUGUCAAAAACAAUGAAGGAGGACGCAGACGAUGACAUCGCCAAAUAUGACGGAAAGUGGGCUGUGGAGCAGCUGAAGGAGAACAAGGUUCCAGGAGACCAAGGCCUGGUGCUCAAGUCCCGGGCCAAACAUCAUGCCAUCGCGGCAAUGCUGGACAAACCUUUUGUCUUCCAGGAUGAACCUCUGGUCAUUCAGUAUGAGGUGAAUUUCCAGGAUGGUAUCGACUGUGGUGGAGCGUACAUCAAACUGAUUUCAGACACUGGAAGCCUCAAUCUGGAACAGUUCCAUGACCGCACGCCGUACUCUAUCAUGUUUGGACCUGACAAAUGCGGCGAAGACUACAAGCUGCACUUCAUCUUCCGCCACAAGAAUCCUCUGAACAAAGACAUGGAGGAGAAGCAUGCCAAGAGGGCUGACGUUGACCUAAAGAAGUUCUACACUGACAAGAAAACCCACCUCUACACUUUGGUCUUGAACCCAGACAACAGCUACGAGAUGUUGAUCGAUCAGUCGAGCGUGAGCCGCGGCAACCUCCUGACCGACGUGGUGCCUCCAGUCAACCCACCCAAAGAGAUUGACGACCCAAAUGACUCCAAGCCAGAGGACUGGGACGAGAGGGCCAAGAUUCCCGACCCCGAGGCGGUGAAGCCUGAUGACUGGGAUGAGGAUGCACCUGCAAAGAUUGAGGACCCUGACGCAUCGAAACCAGAAGGCUGGCUGGAUGACGAAGUGGAGUUUGUCCCUGAUCCCAGUGCUGAGAAACCAGAGGACUGGGAUGAGGAAAUGGAUGGCGAGUGGGAGGCCCCUCAGGUUCCUAACCCAGCCUGUGAGACAGCCCCCGGCUGUGGGCAGUGGAAGCGUCCCAUGAUCAACAACCCUCAGUACAAGGGCAAGUGGAAAGCCCCUCUGGUGGACAAUCCCAACUAUCAGGGAGUCUGGAAGCCGCGUAAAAUUGAUAACCCAGACCAUUUUGAGGACCUGCAGCCGUUCAGGAUGACACCAUUUAAGGCUCUAGGGCUGGAGUUGUGGUCUAUGACCUCAGAUAUCUACUUUGACAACUUCAUUAUCACCUCUUACAAGGAGGUGGCCGACCGCUGGGCCUCUGACAGCUGGGGGCUGAAGAAACUGGUGGCCAGUGCUAACGAGCCGGGGAUUUUUGCACAGCUGUUGAUGGCAGCAGAGGAGCGACCAUGGCUCUGGGUGAUCUAUAUUUUGACAGUAGGCCUUCCAGUUGGACUCGCUGUGCUCUUCUGCUGGCCAAAGAAAUCAGAAGAUGACUACGUGUACAAAAAGGUGGAUAUACCGCAGGCUAAUGUAGAAGAGGAGGAAGAGGAGGAGGAAGAAGAGGAGGCAGCAGCUGAUGAGGAAGACAAAGCAGCAGAUGAGGCUACAGAAGGAGCAGCAGCUACAGCAACAGAAGAAGCUGAGGAGGACAAUCAGGCAGGAGGGGACAAUCCAGAGGGGGAUGAUGAAGAGGAAGAGGAAGAAGAGGGGGAGGAGGAAGAGGAAGGAGAGGAGGAAAGCAAAACUCCAGAGAGAACAUUAGAAGAUGAGCCAAAGGAGGGAGGAGACAUCGCCGAAGAGAGCCACAAACAAGCUAUAAGAAAGAGGAGGGUACGGAAAGACUGAGGAAGUGAAGCCCAGGUCUGCUGUCUGUGGAAGGGUAAACUUCGGCCGCCGCUCCCUCCUCCUCGAGCGGAGCAGCAUCGCAUUUCCUCUGAUCCAACUGGUAGCCUGCAGUCACCCCGGCUGCCCCAUCCAUCCCAGGUUCGCAGCCUCCCACACCACUUCCUGUAUUGUCUUGUUUCUCCCUGUCUGCUACACUCCACUAUCAGACUAGCUCCCCGGAGAGUUUGUGCAUUUAGCUGUUUACCCUCCACGCUUUUCUUCAUCCUUCCUUCCUUCCCUUCUAUAAGCCAUCGCUGUCGAAAUGCCUGUCAGCCUAAAAAAAGCCCCGCCUCUGUUCCCGUCUCUGCCGUCGGUCUUCUCUCUGAAUAUACUGUUACGUAGAUCUACCAGUCUGUCUCCUCUCAGAGCGACGGCAGCAGAGCGUCUGUCCUGUCGACUCCGGUUGAUCCUAACAUUUCGCAGCAUAUCACGGGGGCGCCAUCUCAGAAGUUGUGUGUCCUUGUUUUAGAAGAACACGUUCAAGGACGCCGUUCGACAGAAGUUCCUUUCUUGUUUGAAGUUGCGCAGGUUUCACAGAACAGGAAGAGGACGCUGAGCUGUGAGGAAAAGGCUGUGUGAGAUGUUACUGCAGUGUCGCGACAUUUCAGCAGAAAAAUUCGCCUCAGCUUAGGGUUAAAGAUUACCUCUUUGGAAAAAAAAAAACAUUGAUGUUCUGUUUAGAUUUUAGGUAGUUUGUAAUGAGCAUCAUUUACUUUUGUGUGUUUUUUACUAAGUUAUAGCAAUUCAAGAAUCGAACAUUAGCACUGAUAACCCUAUUUAUUGGUUUUGGUUAUAAUUUGUUUAUGCCAGUAUGAAAUAAAGAUUUAAUAUUGCAGUGUUUUGAGGCAGUUCACUUCAAAUAUGUACAUGAGCCAAGGUUUAUGAAACGUUAAAAGAAAAACUGACAUGAAGCUUGCAGCAAAAACGGGUCGGUUUUAAUGCCUUGGCCAUCAGUUGUCAGUAAGAUGAGAUGAAUAUGUGGGUUUCUGAAACUGAAUAUCAAAUCUGUGAAGACGAGUUUCAUUCAGUCACUACACAGCAGCACUCCCAGAAUAUGUAGACUAGCCGGAGUUCAGAUCCUAGUUUGUUGCCUGGGGAAGAUGCUACUUUUUGGGUUUUUUUAUUGUCUCAAGCUUUUGUAGUUCACCUUGUUGCCAGACACUGGCAAAUUCCCUGUUUACAUUUGUUUGCAAAUUGUACAUUGCUCUUGAAAAUAAAACUAUUUAAUACAAAAAACA